AUGUACCCAAAACUUGUCGCUUUAGACACGGACUGGACCAUUUUCUCAGGCUGGCUCAACUCCAACGAAUGGGGCAAGGGUCCUAACGCAACGCCUCUCAUUCAAAACAACAUACUAAAAGUCACCGAAUGGGAGGUCCGCGAUCAGUCCAACUACGAUCUGGUAUGCAUCAUGUACGCGGACAUUCCGCGUAUCAUCCAGGAUAUCAAGAAACAUGGAGCAAAGCUCGCUAUUGUCUCCCGCAACACAAGCAAAGAAUUGUGUGACCGAGCGCUGUGGUACUUCUAUGCCUAUGACGCUCACGGAAACAAGCGAUCUCUUAUCGACCUUGUCGACUUUGACGAAAUAUAUGACGAGGACAAAGUGAAUCACUUCCGCAAGAUCAAAGGCUGGACGAACUUUCACUACUCUGACAUGGUUCUGUACGAUGACGAGGCUAUCAAUAAUACUGUGGAGAUGAUCCUCGGUGUAACAUUCCAGGUCUCACGCGACCAGCGAGGUUUGACCUGGGACAACUACCAAGACGGGCUCGCCAUGUGGCGUCGCAAUAGGGGAAUUCAUAGUCCAUGGCGCGGACUCGACGUUCACCUAUACCCCAAACGUAAACUCAUCGGAUACUCCGCAAUGGACUUGGACACCAUCAAACUACUUGAAGCUGGAGGCCGACGACAGGACCGCACAGAAGGUGCGCGAUGGGGCUACGCAAUGUACGUCACUGACAAUCCCACAAUCGCAAAGUUUUUCUCCGAAUGGAUCAAGAAGACGACUUUCGGGCCCCAAGCCUCGACGAUGGUCUGCGCAAUAUAUGCCAGAGAUAGCGACAUAUUUCAUCGUAUGAACAAGGUCGAGAAUUCGUCUUUCAGGUUUUACGCAGGAAAUCUCUUACACCUCCUCUUAGAUAUGGAUGCCGAAUGA